AUGAUGUUCUACGUGAAAAUUGUAAAUAAAGUGCUAUAAAUAAAAAAUCUCUAAAAAUACAUUUCCCAAGAUUAUCUUAUUUAAGUUAAACAAUGUCUGGAGGUACUGUUUGUGUUCUAGCUCUAAAUGGAAGAAGACAGACUGUUAAAUGCACACCUAAUACUACAAUUUUACAGAUUCUCGAAGAUGUCUGUAGAAAGCAAGGUUUACAACCAGAAGAAUAUGACUUAAAACACCAUAGUAAAGUACUAGAUACAACGACAACAUUUAGAUUUUCAGGCUUACCUAAUAAUGCUCAAUUAGAAUUGGUGCCAGCUUUAAAAAUUCGCAAUGAAAGUGAUGUUAUAUUGGCUGUGAAUUUAGAAAAUGGUAGUCGACUUAUUGGAAAUUUCAGUCCAAAUGACACUUUGUUAAAUGUACUAAACAAACUUUGUCCUGAAAACAUCAGACAGGAUACAAAUCCCGUUGUAGUAUAUACUAGAAGAGAAAUAUAUGGGAAAGAAUUGGAAAAUGUUACUCUACGAAGUUUGGGUCUGACGGGAGGUAGGGCUAUGAUUCGGUUAAUGCACAGAUCUCCAGAAGAUCUCAAGACUCAAGCUAACAUAUCUGCGCCACUACCCUCAAAGCCUGUUGAAGAGAAACCAUAUGUGCGUAAAUUGCAGCGUGUUCCCACUCCUCCAAGAGUGGAAGAAAAAAUCCCAGAAACUAAAAAUAACAACGAAACAGAAGACAAAAAAGAGGAAACAGAAGAAUUUCAAAAGCCUCAACUGUUUCAGAAAAAUCACAAUGUAGACCUUUUAAAAUUGGCUCGAGAAAAAAGGAAGAGUAACGAUUCUUCCCCAUUAAAAACCGAAGAGAAACGCAAGACUAUUGAAAGGCAUACCAAUUUAGAAGAACAGAAACUCACAAAAGAAAUAUGCGAAUGUAGAAGGGAUGAGUCAAUGGAAGUGGACUGUUGUGGUAAAUGUCAAGAAAAGUGUACCAACAUAACAGAGAGUAUCGAGGAUGAAUUUGUAUUUCUUGGCGACAGAAAUGCUAUGCUGUUUUCUCUAGAGACGGCUCAAGCGGUACCAAGCGAGGAUCUUCCAGACGAUUUCUUUGAUUUAACGAUAGAUGAUGCUAGAAAAAUUCUUCGAGAUGUUAAGAAGCAAAAACUUGGUACGGAUAACGCGCCACUUAUGACCUCAGCUCUUAGAAAUCUAGAAGAAUCAAAGAAGCAAUUAAGGCAACUCAACAAAUAUAAGAAGGCCGUUAUCAGAGUGCAGUUUCCGGACAGAACGGUUUUGCAGGGCACUUUUGCACCAGUGGAUACCAUUGGGGACGUUGUUAAGUUUGUUAAAGAAUAUUUAGAGGAUAAAUCACUAAAUUUUUAUGUCUACUGUACCCCUCCAAAGUGCAUCUUAGAUGAAAAUAAACGGUUGAUCGAGCUUGGAUUUGUUCCCGGAGCAAUGGUACAUUUCGGUACUCAUUCUGCCAAUUCGAAAACCAAUUACUUGAGGAAAGAUUUACAGAAUAAGUUUACAAGCAAUUCAGUGGCAAGUCUAGCUGCGGCAAAGAUGAGGAGUCAAAAUACGAGAUGUUUGGCUUACGAAACGGAAGACUUCGAAAUAGACGAAAGCACCUCUAACGAUACCAAUGUUGGGGCUAGUACUAGUUCAGGAAUAACACAUGAAAAUUAUACAGAACGAAAAAUUAUAAAAUCAACAGAAAAAGUACCAAAGUGGUUUAAGCCAUAGGAUAUACAUUUUUUCUUUUAUAUUUAUUUUGUAAAUACAAAGCAUAUUAAAUAAAAUGCAUACAUGAUG